AUGACCUCUAAUAUAGCCGAAUGUAUUAACGGUUCCUUGGUAGAGGCUAGAGAACUUCCUAUUCUAGGUUUCCUUGAAGAAGUUAGAAUUUUAUUUGCUGCAUGGAAUUGUAAGAACAGUGAAAUUGCAUCUUAUACAAACACAACACUCAGGAGAAGAUUUGAAGAAAUUCUAACUCUUAAUGGGGUUAAAGCUUUGCGGAUGACAGUUAAAGCAGCUAGUAGUUAUCUGUACUGUGUAUAUGAAUCAGAAAGGAGAUACAUCAUUGAUAUUGAUCAUGGCACAUCAAACACCAUUGUCAGGACGUAUGAACUCCCGAUAGUUUCUAUGCUAGACAUGAAGGAUUGGAAUGUUCCACAAUUUGUUGAUGACGAAGAAGUUCUGCCACCCAAAUACAAAAGACCUCCGGGUAGGCCAAAGAAAGGAAGACAUUUAAAAUCUAGUGAAUCACUUACUGCAAGUUCGAACUGUUGCGAUAAAUGCGGACGUGCAUGCCACAACCGUAGGACAUGGGAUUACUUUUCAAAGGAAUCGUGA